UUUUAUUUGCUAUAACAUCUGGCCACACUGUCUUUGAUUAAUCAACAUCGGGAGAUUAGUUUACGCAGAAAAAACAAUAAUAAUUGCCGUUCUCGCUGGUUGAAAAAGUUUCAAAAUGAUACCCAAAAAGACGACGGUUAAGGAUUCACACAUUGUGAAGAUAGCGGUGGAGCGAGAGAACCAUAUGGCGCAGUUGAUAAACCUGGAUCAAAGGCAUCCCCUGGCAAGCAAAAUCCAGGACAUAUGCAAUGGUUGGGCCAUCAGUGAUCACCAGAACUACGCCCUUCAGUUCUGCGAGUCCAACAAUCAAAAGUAUGUGACCGAAAAGAACCGGAAUGAGAUCAAGAACGGCUCCGUACUGCGGCUGCAGUACUCACCGUCGAAAACGGCCAGCGAUGCCAUGGAGGUCCUGCUCAACGGAAAUCCCCAGGAGAAGGCGCAGCGCCUCAAGGAACUGACCUCGCUGAGCACCGAUCACACCUUCGCCCUGGAGUUCAUCAAGGAGAAGGGUCUCGACACGCUCAUCAAGAUGAUCGAGGAUGGCGGACAGACAAACGAGGACAUUCUCAAGUACAGCCUGGCCAGCUUCGUGGAGCUGAUGGAGCACGGCACGGUGUCCUGGGAAGUGCCGGAAAACUCGUUCGUGGCUCGCAACAUCGAGAUUGUGAGGAACUUCCAGAAGUAUCCCACGAACUGCGGUGAGAGCGCCCUGUCCAACCUGGAGAACAUUGUGAUGUGCAGCAAUAAGCACGUCCUGGUUGCCGAGGACAUCAAGUUGCAGGACAUUUUGCGACUUCUGCAGGAGGUGAACUCUCCAGUGAUGCGCCAGAAUGCCAUCGCCCUGCUAAACGCCCUGUUUGUCAAAGCGGACGAAGCCCGCCGAAGGACCAUCGCACACACCAUCAGCGCCAAGCAGUUCCGCCUGGCCCUCAUUGGCAACGGUCUGGGCACCGAGAUGACCCACCAGCUGUAUGUGCUGCAAACUCUGACCCUCGGCCUGCUGGAGAAGCGGAUGCGCAUGAAGAUGAAUGCCCAGGACCAGGAUGCCCAUGAGAAGAUCAAGGAGCUGCGUCGGAUCGCCUUCGACGAUCAUACCAACGCUUUGAACCAGAAUGACGAUCACAUCCGACGUGGUGGUGGAUCCGGAGCUGGCAACGUGAACUUCUCGCAGUACUACAAAAAGCUGGGAUUCAAAUGCGACAUCAAUCCUGCCCAGGAUUUCAUUGAGACACCACCGGGCAUAUUGGCGUUGGAUUGCAUGGUGUACUUUGCCCGCAACUACACUCAGCAGUAUGCAAAGAUUGUGCGUGAGAACUCGUGCCGUGCGGACGAGCACGAGUGUCCGUUCGGACGCACCUCCAUCGAGCUGGUCAAAGUGCUGUGCGACAUCCUGCGCAUUGGCGAGCCGCCAGCAGAGCAAUCCGGCGACUUCCAACCCAUGUUCUUCACCCAUGACUCGCCGUUUGAGGAAUUCUUCUGCAUCUGUGUGAUUACGCUGAAUCGCACAUGGAAGGAUAUGCGGGCCACUGCCGAGGACUUCACCACCACCUUUAGCGUGGUGCGGGAGCAGAUCCAGCGCACUCUCAAGCUCAGGCCCGAGAACUUGGAGGAUUUUCGCAACAAGAUCGCCUUGCUAACCUAUCAGCAGAUCACAACGCUGCGUCAGCAGGAGCGCACGUCAAAGGAGGAAUGCGAUUCCACUGCCUCGGCGAUUGUAAAGCUUAAAGAGAAGAUAUCGCCGCAUAUACUGGAACUCAUCAAACAGCAGCGGCUUUCGUUUUUGGUUGAAGGCACACGUUUCGCAAAAUAUUUGCGAGGAACCAGAACUAAGGAUAAGUUCUGGUACGCCCGCCUCUCGCCCAACCACAAGGUCAUUCAUUACGGCGAUUGCGAUGAGAAGAACAUACCCACCAUGGAGGAGCUGCCCAAGAAGCUGCCCAUCAGUGAGAUUAAGCAGUUGCUGGAGGGCAAGGAAUGUCCGCACAUGAAAGAAACUCGCAUUAGGAAGUCCGCCGUAAAUCUGGCAUUUUCCAUUACGUUCGAGAAUAUGGAGCACUCCACGUUGGAUUUUGUGGCGCCUGACGAGAGCAUAUUCAACUACUGGACGGACGGGAUUAAUGCCCUGCUCUGCCAGCCGAUGGUGAGCAAGCAAAAGAACGAGGACUUCGACACCCUGCUGUCCAUGGAGAUUAAGCUGCGCCUGCUGGACACCGAGGGUGUGGACAUCAGCAAGGACCCACCGCCCAUUCCCGAGGACCCGGAAAACUACGACUUUUGCUUCGAGAGCUAAGCAUACUGCACACACUAACCAUACAAAAUAUCGAUUCAUUCUAGACUCCCAUCACCCAAGAUACAUGCCAAAGUGUACCCACUACAUAUAUAUAUUCUCCGAUCUGAUCUUCUGCUAGUAUUACUUGUGCAAUUCCCCGAACACAAAAUGAACAAACUGGUGCGGGCACUCGCGAGUGGCUUGCCCCUGCCUAGCCAUUUAGUGAACUUUUACACCAUUUAUUAUUAUAGUAGGUAUAUAAUAUAUAGAGAUCAUUAAAUAACACAUUUUAUACAUAACAAUUUUGUACAAAAACUAA